GCCAACCUACUGGCUCUCCGGAAAAGAAAGCGACGUUUUUAUUGGACCACGCCGCAAAAACACAACUUUCAUGCUAGCUCGUGCAUAUGCGUCCUCAGCUCAUAACGUUAACAUUCCUCCAUCCGUUGCUCUGCCCGCGUAGACUAAAUCAAUCGAUUACCUAUUAACGACUGGUUCGCCUCACAACAACAUCCUCCUCCUCAGCCGUCUCCAGUAGCCCAGCUCAGGUUCUGGCUUCGUCUCCCCUGUCCUGGCAGAAUGAACUCUCCUUGGCCUAAAGGAAAGAAACUAGUUCACCUGGAUUUGAAAGGCGCCCCCCCUAGGGUGGAAUACCUUCACAGGCUGAUCGAGCUGUUCUCUCAGCUGGGAGUGGACGGCCUCCUGGUGGAGUAUGAGGACAUGUUUCCUUAUGAGGGGGGGCUGAAGCUGCUGCAGGCAACAGCGCAGCCUGCCUACAGCCGAGAGGAGGUAUUAUCCAUGCAGGAAUUUGCCAGAUCUAAGGGCAUGGAGGUCAUCCCACUUGUGCAGACAUUUGGUCACAUGGAGUUUGUGUUGAAGCAUCGGCCCAUGUGGAGCCUGAGAGAGAUGGGGCACUGUGUGAGCACCCUGAACCCCCACAAAGAGGAAGGGUUUAGGCUGGUGAUGGAGAUGCUGAGGCAGGUGGUGGAGCUGCAUCCAGGCUUAAAUACACUGCACAUAGGAGCAGAUGAGGUGUACAUGCUCGGCGAGGGGGGGGAGUCCAAACUGUGGUUGGCCUCACCUGGACGUACAGUGGAGCAACUUUUCUUAAAACAUGUAACCAAGGUGGCGCAGGCCAUCAAGGAGGCAUGGCCACACAUGACCAUCAUAAUGUGGGAUGAUAUGAUGAGAGGCAUGACCCAGGACACGCUAAAAGCUAGUGGCCUAGUGGGACUCGUCCAGCCCAUGUUGUGGGACUACACCCCUAAUCUGGAUGUGGACACAACUGUGUCUCUGCUGGAGAAGUACUGCAGUGCCGGGAUGUCGGAGCUGUGGGCUGCCAGCUCCUUUAAAGGCUCCACCAGCGUUUACACAUGUGUGCCCAGCACACAGAGACACGUGGACAAUCAUGUGCAGUGGCUGCAGGUGGCUGCUUCUCUAUCUGCUGCUGUGAACUUGCAGGGCAUCGCCAUCACGGGCUGGCAAAGGUAUGACCACCUGUCGGUGCUGUGUGAGCUGAUGCAUGUGGCUCUUCCAUCGCUAGCAGCCUGUCUCCAGACCCUGGACCAUGGGCAGUUCAGUGCCGAGGCCCAAAGCCGAGUCACUGAGAGACUGGGUAUCCCCUCAGUGGAGGUAGACGCCAUUGGGAGGACUUCUGCAGACGACUCGCUGUUCCCAGGAAGGAAGCUGGCUGAGUUAACUGUGGAGCUCGAUUCACUGCUGAACUCGGAGGACGUACGCUUUUUUGAAAACAACAUGUAUGUGAGAGGAUGGUUCAGCCCCUUUCAACGACAGAGGGAAAUGGUAUCUCCCCUCAUCACCAUGCAGAUCCACAGCCAAGCAUCCACGUAUUUGGCUACGCUACAAGAGAAGGCGGAGGCAGUGAGAGAGGAGAUGGUGCGUCUUUAUCCAGAUUCAACAGCCCAGGAGUGGAUGGAGGAACACGUUAGCCCUGUAGUGGCUCCUUUACAGAAGAUAACAGAGGACAUCAGCGCCUGCCUGAAUCAGAUGGGGCUGUAGUAUAUUCACCAGCUCCAAAUCAAACUGCUUUUUUGAUCAAUUUCUGACUUAGAAUGACUUAGACUUAGAAUUGUGCGCUUAUCCAAGAGAAACCUGUUGUAAAUUGCACUAAUUGUAGCAUAGAAAGGAAGCACUAUUAAAAGGAGACUUUGGGUUUCCAUAUAAAAUGAUUUUUUUAUAUAAUUCCUUCAAAUGUAUCAAAGUGAAAAAAAAAGACAAAGUCAACCGACAAGAAAAACUUCAAGCAGAGAACACAAUGACAUUCACCAUCAGCCAUUCACCAGUCCUGAUUUCAUCCAUUUUUCAGAAAGAAAUAGUUUGUCCAAAGCACUAAAGUGUUUGAGAUUUAGUCUUAAAUCUCUCUGAGAUUUUAUCUCAUGUUAAAAGACAGAACAACAACGGGUCAGUGCAUUUCACAUAUAAUUAACUCUUGCUUGAGCCAUGAAAAUCGUUCAUGUAUAAUUGCAGUUUGCACAUGCAUUCAUCCGUAUGAGUAAACAUGCCAAAAGGUGAUUAUCGACUGGGUGGUCCGAAAAACUAGGAAAAGCACUUUCCAUUGAGCUUAACGCAAACAAUUAUUAGUAGGAAGGCACUGUACAUCUGUAAUCUGGAGGGUAUUCCCAAAAUGGUAAUUAAGAAAAGCUAAGGCAUGGUAUUCAUUACGAGAGGGCUGCAUUUACAGUACAACACAAGUCUCCUUUUCCAUAUUCCAUGGAACAGUUU